AAGAGUGAGGUUUUGGUGCUCCGGAGAGAGUUAGACCUCCGCACCUAGGAGACUGUGGUUGCUGAAGUCGUGUCUGCAGAUCCAGCAGUGCUAAGAGCGAGUGUGAUCGAUCGCCCUCCCGCUCCUGCUCUCUGCCUUGCUUUCCACCACGCCUGCCGGCCCUAGUCUCCAACUGCACAGCCAUGGAGGCCCUGGGUACUGGGAGCGACCGCACCUCCCCGGCCUCAGCCUCUGGAAAUCUGGACUUGCGACGGCUGUCCACGCGCGCCGAUUCAGCCUACAGCUCUUUGUCCGCGGCGUCUGGUGGUCCGGAGAUGCGCACACCGUCCCCUAGCACCGAGCUCCUCCCUUACCUAGACUGGGACUACGUGCGCGUGGUUUGGGGCGGCCGAUCCCCUACCCGGCAGGAUGCUGUCCUUCCAACUACCCAGCGGCCCGAACCGGUAGUCGCUGGGCACAGUGGCCCGCGCCCCCCAGAGGUCCAAGGAAGCCAGGGGUCCCUGAGCAGACAGGACACCCCGCUGCUGUACGCGCUGGCCGCCGAGGCUGAGGCUGCGGCACGCCCCGCUGAGCCGCCCAGCCCCCCAGCCUCACGGGCCGCCUACCGUCAGCGGCUGCAGGGUGCGCAGCGUCGAGUGCUGCGGGAGACAUCGUUCCAGAGAAAGGAGCUCCGCAUGAGCCUGCCCGGCCGCCUGCGGCCCGCGGUACCUCCGCGGCCUCCCACGGUGCACGCGCGCUCCGCCUCCAGCUGCCACGAGGGAGGAGAAGCGGAGCCCGCACGCACCCCGGUCCGAGCGCUGGGUGCUGCCGACCGGGGGCGUCUGGCCAGCCAGCAGCGGAUGUGCUGUUUCUCCGAGCCAGGCAAACUGCAUCGCGUGGGUUGGAGCGGUGGACCCACGGGCGAGGGCUUGAGAGAGGCUUGCUCCACCCAGGAGUUGCCGCGUGGGGCGCCCGCUAAGUCCAGAGGGCUGCAGGAGACUCAGUCUCUAAGCUCAGUGGAGCUGGACUCCCCGUGCGUGAAUCGUGGCCAUGCCUGUAGGCCUGCGGGUCGGAGUAUGAGCGUUUCAGGCGAGGUCAUGAGUCUCCGCACGGGUUCAGAAAGGACUGUGGCCGCCCCUGGCCAGGCUGUUCCUCAAAGGACAGAAACCCCGAGACCAUUACUUCAGAUCAAGCUUUCCAGGGUCCCUGCCUCUAGGUUCUUGACUCAGAAAGAGGCUGCAGUGGUGUGUCCUACAGAGGUCUUCCAGAGCAGCCCAGCUGGCUGUGGUCAGAGGGUCCCCGAGACCUUCAUGGUGUCUACUCCGAACCCCUCUCUCCCCGAUGAUGAUGUGUUCCUGGAAGAAGCCGAGACACCACCACCUCAUGAUUCCCAUGCCCCCCAGGGGCUCCCAACCAGGGAUCUCCACACCUCUGACCAGCAGGAUGAAAACAGCUUGAGCAAAACAGCUGUCCAGACCACAGCCUCAGCAGAGAGUCCCCUCCGCGAGGGCCCGGGGAUCGCAAGAGCAGAUGACGAUUGGCAGGGGGUGAACGGUUCUGUGGGCUUCUCCAGACCCACAAACCGCAGCCCUCCUGGGACUAGAGAUGAUGACAACCCAACCUUUGACACUACCGGACCGCUGACCACUGGUUCCUCUACAGCUACAGAAAAUAAUCCCCUCAAGCCUCCUUCAGUUGAUGUCCUGCGCCCUUCAGGCUCUGAGAUUUCAGGAACCCCUCACCACACUUCUCUGACCUGGGGCCAGUCUGGACCUAAGCCAACCUGGCCUAGCCGGCAUUUUGAGGCGCUGGUUCAGCAGCUGGCCAGACUGGAUCCUUCUGUGAGUGACGCUUUUGCUGCCCAGCCCGGUCCAGAGCCACCUCUGGGUCUGCUGGAUGGGCUCUUGCCUGCCACAGAGGUCUUGGCUGCCAUGAGGCCAGCAUUUGAGGAGGCUGGAGAAGAGGCUGCCAGAGCUUCGGAGGCAGGGUCCUGCAGAAGCCACUUCACCCAGGAACUGCUGACUACCCAGGAGGCAUCAAGGUCGGAAAACUCUACCCUUCACCCUGUGCCUGACCAGUCAAGUGGCCAAGAACUCCCAAAAUCAAACAGCAUUCAGGCCGAGAAAGUGGAGCUAGCCCGCCUCCUCCAAAAGAUGCUCCAAGAGCUUCACGCGGAGCAGGAGCGCCUGCGGGGGAAGGCUGCAGACUGGACCCGAUGUCAUGGAGAUCUGGAGGCUGCAGUGAGCCAAGCCUGUACACCCCGGGAGCUGGAACGGUUCCGUCGGUUCAUGACUGAUCUGGAGCGCGUGCUUGGUCUUCUGCUGCUGCUGGGCAGCCGCCUGGCCCGUGUGAACCUCGCCUUGGCCAGGGCGAGCUCAGACAGCGACUCUGAUGAGAAGGCUUCGCUGCUGCAGCGACUCCGGCUUCUGCUGCGGCAGCAGGAGGACGCUAAGGAGCUGAAGGAGCACGUGGCUCGGCGCGAGCAAGCCCUGCGGCAGGUCUUGGAGCGGGAGCUGCCCGAAGAGCAUCUGCGCUCCUAUUGUGUGCUGCUGGCCGCCAAAGCCAGGAUCCUGUCCCAGCAGCGCAGCCUGGACGACCGAAUCCGGUUCCUUAAGGAACAGCUGGACACCAUCUGGAACGACCUCAGUCAUCAUCCCCUUUCUCCUGGACUGUCCUGGGCCCCAGGAAUCCAUCCUCUGGACACACCACUUUUUGCUACCCCUAUCUAGUUACAGGUGGUGGAGGUGAGGAGUAUUGUCCCAGCCUCACCCCCAACUGAGGUCAUGCUAUAAAGAGAGCUUUCCCUUGAGGGAAUAGGGAGGUCUCAGAAUAGGCAUUCCCAGGACACAUCUUCCCACGGUGUUCUCCUGUGGCCUCACUCAAGCUUGUAAUUAUUUGGGAAUUAAUUUAUGGGUCUUAAAAACAGCAGUAUUCAGCAGGGCAGUGAUGGUGCACACCUUUGAUCCCAGCACUCCAGAGGCAGGCAGAUCUCUGUGAGUUCGAGGCCAGCUUGUUCUACUAAGUGAGUUCCAGGACAGCCUGGGCAGUUACACAAAGAAAUCCUGUCUCAAAAAACCAAAACAACAACAAAAACCCACAACAAAAUAAAAAAAACUGCAGUAUUCAAACCUGGCCUGGUGAUAUAGCUGUAAUCCCAGGUACAUGAGAGGCUGAGGCACGAAGAUUUCAAGUUCAAGGCCUACCUGGGCUUAGAAAUGGAGCUAAAAGCCAGCCUGGGCAAUUUAGACUGUGCCUCUUAAUAAAAUGUAAAAAGAGGGCUGUAGGGGGCUGGAGAGACGGCUCAGCA